CUGCAGUGGGCAGUGAUGGUGAUGGAGGAAGAGGGGGUGAGAGAGUGAGAGAUGUGUGAGGACGAGAGAAGCAGCAUUAUGGUUGGAGGGAAAAAGGAGGGAGGAGGGCAGAUAUGAAGGGAGGAGACUAGAGGAGAGGAGAUAAAUUCACCUAUGGGUGGAUAAGCCUACUCUACUGCUCUCACUCUGACUCAUCCCCCCUCUCUUUUCAUCCUCACAUUGGUGCAUUCUGCCUGUACGCAUCAAUCAGCACACACACACACACACACACACACACACACGCGUUCACAGAGGCAGCUCCGCCUCCUCUGCAGUGUAGCAACAGCUAGCGAGGGCAGCAAUGGAGGAGCCAGCAGUGCAGCAGGAAAAAAUAGAGGGAUCGUGGGAAGGAGUGCAUGAUGGAGGGAAGGCAGACUGGAAGAAUGAGUGCUCCCUCUCCUCCCUCCUUAAACACUCCUGUCUCCUCUGCUGGUCGUCUCCCAGGGACACAGACGUCGUGGAAACGGAUGAGAGAGCCCUCGCCAAGGCAGCCGAGAUCAGAGUAAGAAGACCGCAGCAUCUAGCGCUGGAGCUGGAAAAUGCAGUGGCAGUGGAGAACUUGGAGCUUCAGGAGCAGCAGUCAGACCGCAAAGAGCUGGAGGAGACUCUGGAUAAAUUAGAGAAACACAAGGAGAAGCUGAUUCAGCAAAUAAAGUCAACCAGACAGCUCUGCUAUGAGGAGAGUCAACAGAUCCUGUCUCUGCAGGCGGUUGAGGUGCAGAAGGAGAGCCAGGUGGAGGAGUAUGAGCGGGAACUUGCCAGAGCCAGGUGGAGGCUGAAGAAGCUCAGAGAGGAGGUAAAGCAGGCCAAGAGGAAGGUGGAUGAGGCUGGAGAGAGGAACACUCCUUUGCAAGACUCUAUCAGACAGUCCUAUGAAGAAAUCCUGCAGGAGGAGCACACUUUGUACUCUCUGUCAGGAGGGGCCGUCACUCCAGAAAGCCAGCUGGAGGAGUCAACAUCUCCUGCAGAUACCACUGAAGAUGACCCGCUUCCUAUGAGGCCAUGGGGAAGGAGCCAAUCACUGCCAGCCUACGCUGACCUGAUAAUGGGGGGCAGUGGUUCGUCUUUCUGCAAUAAUCUUGCAGAUACCAGAGAAGAAGUAGAUGACAGUGAGACCAGUUCACCAAAGAUGGACAGAUCUGACAUAGAGGAUGACCCAGAAGAGGGGGAUAUCAACAAUGAAGGGGAAAAAGAGAGAGAGAACCAAGAGUCCAACAUUAACCCAAGCCAACUGGACUUCUACCAAGCGGACCCCUUUGCCCACUGUCAAAGUGACCAUGAUCUCUUCAAUGAAGAUCUGUUCCCUAAAACUGACACAUCAGAUGGAUUCACUUCAGACCCUUUCAAAGGCAGUGACCCCUUUGCAGCAGAUAUUUUGUUUCCUGAGGUGAACGUUGGUUCUGUUGAAGGGGCAGGAAAUGUUGGCGAUGAGGCGGACACCAGUCUGUCCUGUGCUGAAAAUAAAGCCUCACAAGGAACUCAGUGCUUUGAGUCAGAAUUUCCUGACGAAGACAGUGACAUAGAGAUCAGCUAUAGCCGAGAGGACCUGGACGCCAUUGCUGUGGGUGACGAUUCUUGUGGAUUUAAACCCAUCCAGAGCUCAACGGAGGAGCUGGGGCUGGAGCCCAUUCAGCGCUGGAGGUCCCAGGGUCAGUAUUCUGUAGAAUCAGACCCUAAUGGGUAUGAACUGGACCUCAGUGCUGUCUCCCCUCCCUCUGACAUAGAAGAACAAAGUUUGGGAUCUCUAGCUGGGGAGGCUAACACGGAGGCAACAGGAAGACAGGAACACGGUCUAAGUUCUGGUUCAGCUCAGGCUGUCCCUAUUCUUGGUGAGCAAGCCCUGUUUGAACAAGACUGGACGGGGGACGUAGAACAAACUCUGUCACGUGAUGUUACCUCCAAUCAGGGAACAGAAUGGAUAAGCAACACGGAAGAAGAACCCGGAAACCCUACUACCCCCCAAAAUUCGCUGGACUCCCAAAACCUCCGUAUCCAGCCUGACUCAGAUCAGAACAGAGAGCUGAGCUUUGAAUUGAGCUAUGAACCCACUAGUCAGUCUUCCUUUGACCCAUAUGGGUUUAAACUGAGCCCAGAACAUUCUAGUCACACCCUCUUGGACCCUGAUGAAGCUGAACUGAGCCCAGAGCCUGCUGAAAACUAUCUGACCUUUGACCCUGAGCCCUCCUCUUCACAUCCAGACCAACAUGACUUUGAUCCCUAUGAGUUUGACAUCACAUCCUCGCAGAUGGCACGGGACUCCGACCCUUAUGGCUUUAAACUCAGCCCAGAGGAAGAGAACCAGGAGGUACUGGAAUUGUGUGACCAUGAUAACCAGGAGGCAAUGGACCUUUGUACCUAUGAUAACAAUGAAGAAGUAGAACCCUCUAACUAUAGCAACCAGGAAGUACUGGAACCUCAUACCUAUGAAAACCAAGAAGUGCUUGAACAUUGUAGCCACAAUAACAAGGAUUUGUGUAACAAUGGAAACCAGGAGGUGCUGGAACCUUCUAGCCUUGUCAACAGGGAGUUAGUUAAUAAUGAAAACCAGGAACUCCUGGAUCUCUGCAGUCAUGACAACCGGGAGGUGGUGGAACCCUAUCGCAAUAACACCAUUGAGGAACUACUUGAACCUUGUAACUAUGAUAACCAAGAAGUGCUGGAACCUUGUAGCCAUGGCAAUCGGGAACUGCUAGAUUUCUCUCAUCCUGAAAAUCAAGAAGUGCUGGACUUCGAUAAACAUGGCAACCAAGAACUACUGGAUUUUGGUAGCAAAGAAAAUCAGGAAGUGGUUGUUUCAGGUAGCCACGACAACCAGGAACUCCUGGAUCUUGGUAGCAAUGAUGUUCAGGAAUUGCUAGACUUAGGUAGCCAUGACAACCAGGAGGUGCUGGACUUGUUGAGUAAAGAGGUUUUCCCUGAAGCAAACAAUAACCAAUGCAUUGUGGAACAAGAGCUCAAUGCCAGUCCCACCAACAGCUCAGACAGUGAUGUGGCAUCAGAGGACAUGCUGGGACUUGAACUCAGUAACACCAGUAUCUGCACUACAAACAAAACAAACACCAAUACUUCUGACACCCUCAACAUGGCUGUCAGUAACACAUCUGCUAACCAGGACUUUGCUACAUCCAAUGCUCCCACCAGUCACAGCUUGUUAGAAGGUGAUCUGGGUUCAGUGUUUGGGGCUGGAGGAUACAUCAGUUGUCCUGAUGUAGCUGAUGACCUAGAGCCUCUGGACAGAAGGCAGGCAAACCCAGUAGCAGAGCCAGUACGCCCAGUUAGACCAGUUCGGCCUCCUCGGCCCUCACUCAGGGCCAAGGAGAAGGCUCAGUCCCAGACUCAGGGCAUCGACCUGAAGUAAUCUCUCACCAACCAACACUCACGUGGGGUUCACCAUGACAUCAGGGUUCCCAUGACAACGUCAACUCUGGAUGAAGAGGAUCAGAAGAGAAGUCAGAGAACGGGCAAUGAAACAGAAGGAGCAAUGACGGAGGGAUGAUAAAAAAGACAAAAGGGAGAGAUCAUUCUUCUGUUAUUUAUGGCAAUAAUUCUACUUAUAUUUAGGUUUUGAGGUUUCAAAGGUAAACAUUGAAGUCAAUAUGGAAAGAUGAGAGGUACCAUGGGAUCAACCAACUCACCAAUUACUAUUAGGUAAACCUGAUUGGCUCCAUUUGGAGUGAUUAAUAGAAGUCAUGAUGGAAACAUUUUUCCCGCAUGGUUUUAGCCCACAUAAUGCUAAUCGAUCCACCUUAUGGUCGAUAUUAUAAGUUAUUUAUUUAACUGCCAACAGACUCCUGUGUCCUCUCCUCAGAGUCUGAUUUCAGCUUUCUGAUUUAGUUGACCUGACCUGCUUUUGACAGGGAUAAUUGGUCGACCAUGAAAAUAUUCUUUUUUCUUGGUGUUGGAGCAUGUGUAAAGUGGACUUUGACUCAUAGAUAAAACUGUGUAUAUAUUAUAUACUCUGCUAUUGUGGUUUUCAGAUUAUCUCGUGAGUUUGUAGCUUUAGGUCUAAAUUGAUUGACAGCUGUAGAGAGAGUUUGGUCAGGUCGUGCAUGUACAGUGAGUGCAUAUCAAUACUGUAACCAUGGUAACAUUCCCAGUGUUGUCAGUUAUAAGUUACUUUGAGGUACUCCUUAAAGAGUAGCAGGCUGAAAAGCAGUGUCUCACUGCCAUCUCUGGUUUAAGCCUGUUUCCCCUCUAACCACAGCAUGCUGAUGUGUGUGUGGUCAGAUAUGUGUAACAACACCAAACAGUGAUGUCACGGCAUCCUGGAGUACACCUGCGCAUCACUGCCGCAAAGGUUGUGAAGUUACAGUUGAAAACAUUUUCAGACACGAUGAUCAGGAAAAAAUGAAAACAUUAAAACAUCUGAUCUCUGAAAACUGUCAGCAUGAACAUGGCCUCAACAUGCAUUUCACUCCACCAGUGUCCCAGUUCCAUACAAUAUACUUAUAAUAUUAAAUAUAAGAACUAUGCACUAAUGUUGUCAUACAAUACAUUGAUUUUCGGAACUGUUUGGUACUAACAUAAGGACGUGCAGACAUGCAGUGUGUGAAACUAUGACUGAAAUACUACUGCCAAUUUCAAAACUGUGAGCAAACAUUGUAUUUCCAAGUGUGGCCACUGGAGUCUUCUUGUGACCACACAAGACACAGGUUAGGGUUAGAAUAACUUGAGUUGAUAUGUCAGCUGGAUUAGCUUAUUAUCCAUAUCACAGUUUUGGCAUAUAUGGUGGCUGAUGAGGACCAAAAAAUAUAAACACAGAAAUGUCAUUGAUGUGUUUUUAAAGAGUAAAAUAUGUCUCUGUCACAGAGUUUGUCCACCAGAAAGAACUGACAGGUUUAUUUUUGACACAUUAAAGUGUCUCAUAAUUGCAUAAACAAAUUUUACAUACAAAGCAGCACAAAGUCACACUCAUUUUGUAGCUGUUUCAUUACCGUCCACAAUCACUCUUUAAGUAUACUUGACACCUUUGAGCAUGUUUCAUUUAGUGUGAACACACUGCCUGCUCUAAACCUGCUUAGACGUAGUAUGAAGUCUGGAACUGGAACACAGCUGGAAUCAGGCACCGGGUAGCAUCUGACACGGCAGGUCGGUCUGUAAAGGAAGCUCUGAUAGGCCAGUGAAAAAGUCACUUCCAACAUGUUUACCCUCAUCAAACCAAAGACAUCGGAGAGGGCGAGUGAGCACAGACAGAAAUGGACUUUACAGACAGUAAAUGCUCAACCACCAUCAGCUCUGUCCAACCUCUACACAUUACACAUGGAUGUAGGCUGGCUGAGGAGAGGAGUUAGACCUGCUGGGUUAAAGGUGUCAGAUAAAACUGCAUGUCCAACAUUUUCCAUCAUUCUUUGGUGAAACCUACAAUAACUUGAAGACAGAAAACAAGCUGUAAAUACAACAUUGACAUAACAUUGACCUUUAAGUCUAUUGACCUUAUUAGGUCAACCUGUUAACAAACAGUUGCCCAUUUACACAACCAGCAGUUACAAAGCAACUGUAUCAUUCAUAUGGAGCCGUGUUUGUGUCCAACUAAUGAUUAUAAUGAAGUCCAAGUUUCACUCUCUUUCAGCUCUGAUCUAGCAGCUCCUUGUGGAAAAGGGGAUUUGCCACUUAGUCUCUUAAGUCUGUUUGCUGUUUGUUGCUGAAGAAGUAGUGCACAGUAGGUUUUUAGAGUGUUUCACUGAAAACAGCUGCCUGCUAUGAGAGCCGUGAGAGUGAACCAAAACAGUCCAGUUGUGGCAGCUAAACAGCAAGCUGAAAGCGACUAUAAAGCUUCAGAUUCAGGUGAUAAUUCUCUGUAGUGACAACUUUCACAAUGUCAAUUCAUACAUUGUUCUUUUUAUCAGUUACAGCUGCUUUAAUGUAACACGGACACUCUGAACAAACGCUGCACUCUUUCUGCUUGCUGUAGCCAACACAUCGCAUCUCCUGGUCUGCCCAACAAAGCAAUGCACAUUCGACAUACCACCUGUAGCCACUUGAUUAAGCAGUUUACAACUCCAAUGAAGUGUACGUGUAUAGAAUUGUUGUUAUAUAAAUGAAGAAUGUGAAUGUGUGAUGAAUAUAGUCAGUCCUAGACGACAGUCCACCCUCACUGGAACACACUCAGCGGGCACUGAAGGAACAUUUCAGUUAAUAUUCAGUUUCAGUUCUCACCUACCUCAUUCCUACUUUGCCAUGAUUGCAUGACAACACUGUGAACCCUGUGACAGCACUACUUUAACAAAUCAAAAUGUACACAUUGUAUAACCAAGACAUUAAAAUACAAAGUGGGUGAGUGAGUCACACUAGAAAAUGUGCUGGUUUUAUGGACAGGAAGAAGAAAUACAGUUAUAUAUAUGAAUAUGUUCAUGUGAGCUGGUUUUCACUCUUCUUUAAUUUCCUCACUUAAAUGUUGCUUUUUGUCCAAUGGACUGCUUUUUUAAAUACCCAGCACAUGGAAACACUUCUUUUUUAAUGAUGCAAACAUCAUAUCAAAAUCCUUUUCUUUUUUUUUUUUGAUAAAGCAGUCCUAUUCAUUGAUUUGCAGACAAAAACCUCAUAUAAGCAGUGGUGUUACAUGGUGUCACUAUUCUAUUAAUGAUUUGUCAACAUUUGAUAGAAACAAAAAAUAACUUAUGAACUACAAUAUUCAUAUUCAUAAAGACACAAUCAACACUGAUAGAGCCAUGACGCUCUGAUCAAACUGGUUCCAUCUUUCUGGACUUUUCUCAACUCUCCACUGAGAAAUGUGUUUUUUGCAGUUUCUUCUUCCAUGUCGAAUCACCUGAAAGAGAAUGAAGCUUCAGUCUUAUAAAUACGUGUCAACAUGUUUUCACAUUCUCAUUUUCAUUUUCUGUAUGUGAAUUCAUUCACAACUUAACAAAUGUAAAAAGAACAUAUAUAAAACAUAAAAGAAGUAUGAGCAGAUGUGUUCUGCAGAACAAGGAUUUAAGAACUUUCUACCUUGAGUCUCGUCUUAAAGCAUGAGUGGAAUAUAAGAAACGUGUUCCACGUCUGAGUUCAGUCAGAUCAACCUUCCACUAUCCAGAGCUGAUAAAUGCUGUUUCCUGACUUAAAAGAAAUGUUGUAAAUGUAUCACUGUACAUAGGCACAUGUAGCACCACACCCUCAUUCCAUGCACUGUAAAAAUGACAAGGUUAGCAAGCAAUUUUAUUUUUUGCACAGAUGGCAAAUCAAUUAUUUGACAUCGCUGACAUAUUUAUUUAUUUAUUCAUUUAUUUUCUGAUCAUUUAUUUGCAGGCUGCUUAUAAUAUCUGCUGUUACAUGACCAAGACAUGGACAUGAUCAGAAUAUUAUUGGAAGAAGUUGUCAGAGCAGAUAUUGUUUAGAGGGACUGAGAAGAUAAAGUUGCUUCUGGAGCUUUUCAUUUUUUGCAGUGUGUGUGUGUUUUCUAUGAUACAGAUGUAUGCACUUUAAAAGCCAUGGUUGAGUGAAAUGAUAUACAAAAAAACUUCUGCGUUAUGCCGCGUGAAGCCAUGGUUUCCUGUGAUGAUAAUACAUUUAUGUGUGAUGUUGUAUGUGUUGCUGUCUAAAUGUGAAGAUCUGUGUUGGAAAAAAAAAAAGAAAUAAAAGUCAUCUAUCCAGCAUGUGGCCCAGUUUACACUGUCAAAGUGGAAGACAGCCGUGUGUGACAGAAUAAACUUCAAUUCUCAGAUGAACAGAACAGAUGUGGAGAGGAAACAUCCUGAAACAUUCACAUUAUAACAACAGUGUUAAUUAACAGCUACAUGUCCAGCAGACACAGAGCAACACGAGCAUUCAUUUGGAAUCCGAAUGGAAUAUGAAUUUCUUUAUUUGUACAGAGAUUAUUUAAAACUAGGGGAAUUGUAAUGUAAGGUUUUUAUCCAGUCAGUAUUAUAGUCUCUGUGCAGGUAAGAAAAUACACAAAAAAAAAAGAAAACAUCUAUUCACUGUCUUUCUGCUGUUUUUGGUCUCCACCAGGUCCUCAAAAAAUAUUAUCUGAUCAAAGAGAGGCUAAAAAUCUCCUCCAAGCUGAGAGAAGUUGCAGAUAAUUCUCAGCAGUGUGGUUUGUCCAAGACCUGAUCAGACCAGUCAGAAAAAUACUAAAACAUCUAUUUACUAUAUAUAUAUUUAUCCUUUUUCUAUAUAUAUGUACCACAAAGUAGCUUCAAUGACGAAGGAGCAUAAGUGAGCUCUCAACGUGCACUUAAACGUCCAUUUAUUGCAGAUACAGAGCAUCCAUGUGGUAGUUAUAGCAAUAGCAGAAACAGGCUGCGUUCUACUUAAGCCCUGUAGGAGGUGCUGUAACAUUAAAAACACAGGUAACAUAACAUCAAUCAUUCAAUGUGAAAAAAUAUUUAAAAAAUCAUGGUUCAGGGAUGAACCUCACUGUUGAAUGUGUUUGUAAAUUAAUUAUGAGAUUCUGGAGAACCUUUUCAUUUUUAGUGUUUUAUUGAUUUCCUUCCUUUUGAUCAACAAAAGUUCAUCUUAUGACACAAACAAUAAUGUGAUACUGAAUCAGAGUGAGUUAGUUCAUCUAGUGCAUCACGCUAAAAGAAUAGUUGAAUAUGGAUUUGUAGAGAAGAGCUUGCUCAGGUAGUUACAUCAAGCUGCCACGUGAUGGCACUAAAGAGCUUCAUUGACUGUGCUUGUAGUGGUUAUAUUUGGUCCUAACAUCACUUUGAGUUAAAAAAAAAAAAAAA